CUCGUUCUAACUUCUUGCUGAUCAAGACACAUCCUCUGCACUACUUAAACUAUUCUAGCAGCGCUCCAAACAUUAGUUCUCUUUCUUCCCCCGCAAUGCCUACGACAUCAAGCUACCCUUCGCCUCUACAUGGGUACGAGAACGCCUCUCCACUGCCUACAGAGAUAAGCGCGGACGGAAAGUCCUUGGUAAAUAUCAAACCCGGCGAAGAUACGCCUUCACCCAGUAAAGCUUACGACGAGUUUGUGGAUCCAAUCAGUAAGAAUGGCGGGUUCGAUUUCCAUGUCUACUUCAUGCAUACGCAGGAGGAUGAGCUGAAAUAUGCACGCGAAUUACAUGAAAGAAUCCGACGGGAAUUUCCAGAGCUCCGGAUCUACCGUCUGUGGGAAAAGCCCAUAGGACCACACCCGACGGGAAUGUUUGAGGUCAACACAUUCAAUCCUCAUCAGACUGGGACGCUAUUUUCGUGGUUGACGAUUCACAGAGGACCCUGUUCUGUUCUGGUCCACCCAAAUACUGGGAAUGCUCUUCAAGAUCAUACAGAACUUAUGGCUUGGAUUGGGCCACCAUGGCCAUUACGUACGGAUGUUCUCUGAUAGCCCCAAAUUUCAGGUGUUUCCCGCUCCCCCUUCAGUCGGUCCAAGUUCAUGUCCUAUCGAGCUGAACGCCGCUGCCCCUUAUGUUCUUCGAUCGCCCCCAUUGAUGGAAUCGUACAUGGUGUCUUUGAGCAAGGGCCCGAUUCUGAUUUCAUAUUUUAAAUUCUGAAAUGAAUACAUGCAAGGUGGAUACCGUAGCUUCAGCUGGGCGCUGCACUUGGGAGCAUCAUUGAAUAUACCAAAAGUUAUCGUUGUCCGUCCCAAUGACUUCCUCAGUCCACUAGCACGACGACCGCAUCACAGGAUGUCAUGUGCUGUCGCGAGAAACGACGUGGAUCAUUUCCGAUUUAUCCAAUCUUCCGAGACCGAGACUCAAUAAGUCAAGCUGAGAUUGUAAAGCCGAGAUAUAAAAGUCGAAGGACAAGAACCGAGCAACUGGAGCUCAAGUUUGGCAGUUGUAUAUAUUGGAUGGCGUAGAUAGGCAGUGCAGAACUGUUGAAACUUCGAGUUCACUAGACAAG